UACCUGCAGCCCUCUGUCCGACAUCAUGUCCUUCAACUGCUCCACAAGAAAUUGCUCUUCCAGGCCAGUGGGUGGACGCUGCACUGUCCCAGUGGCUCCAGUUGCCACAGCUUCAACCACGGAAGCUGACUGCCUGAGUGGCAUCUAUUUGCCCAGUUCCUUCCAAACUGGCUCUUGGCUCCUGAAUCACUGUCAGGAGUCUUGUGAGCCCACUGUUUGCCAGCCAACCUGUUACCAGCGAACCCCUUGCGUCUCCAGCCCGUGCCAGGUGACUUGCUCUCGACAAACCACCUGUGUCUCCAAUCCCUGUUCGACUACCUACACCCGGCCAAUCAACUUUGUCACCAGUGGCUGUCGGCCCCUGGCAGGCAUCUCUACUGUGUGCCAACCAGUGGGAGGAGUCUCUACUGUCUGCCAACCAGCGGGAGGAGUCACUACUGUCUGCCAACCUGCCUGUGGGGUCUCCAGGACGUACCAGCCGUCCUGUGUGUCCAGCUGCCGAAGAACCUGCUAAGUGUGUACGAGCCAGUGAGAGAAUCAAGACUCCAUCACCUGCCAGCUGUGCUUCCAGGGUCUUCCAGCAUGCUGCCUGCCUCCGAAGAACUCUUCAUUGCUGACCUCUAUGCUGACUGCCUGAUUGCUGGCUCCUAGCCAUGCAUUCACUGCCUUUGGCACUCUAAAGCUUUUCUGGCCAGCACCAAGCUUAUUUUAAGGGUGCUGUGUAUGCCUCUGGAUCUUUCCAGAAGCUUUACUACCCAUGCCCCAGUCUCUCAUGCUUUUGACAUGUUUUGACCUUGCUGCUGCCGUAUCUCCUGGCUUCUGCUUUUGUGUCUCUGUAAAAGGGACCUUGUCUCACUAUGUAUUUCUCAAUAAAUCUGUAUUCGUUGGCAUUGCAA